CCUGAGAAAAGAGUGGAGUAUAAUUGAACAACCGGUGAGCGUAAACCCUAGUUUUUGUUAAAUCGCCGCUGCAGCUUCAAGGAUCCGGUGAAAAUGAAGUUCAAUAUCGCGAAUCCCACCACUGGAUGCCAGAAGAAGCUCGAGAUUGACGAUGAUCAGAAGCUCCGAGCAUUCUAUGACAAGAGGAUCUCGCAAGAAGUUAGCGGAGAUGCUCUGGGAGAGGAAUUCAAAGGGUAUGUUUUCAAAAUCAUGGGCGGCUGUGACAAACAGGGGUUCCCAAUGAAACAAGGAGUUUUGACUCCAGGGCGUGUUCGUCUUCUGCUAGUAAGAGGAACCCCUUGUUUUCGUGGGUAUGGAAGGAGGAAUGGAGAAAGAAGGCGAAAGUCUGUUCGUGGGUGCAUUGUGAGCCAAGAUCUCUCGGUUUUAAAUCUGGUUAUUGUGAAAAAGGGCGAAAAUGAUCUUCCAGGCUUAACUGAUGUGGAGAAACCGAGAAUGAGAGGACCAAAACGGGCUUCAAAAAUCCGCAAACUUUUUAAUCUUUCUAAAGAAGAUGAUGUUAGAAAGUAUGUCAAUACAUACCGUAGAACCUUCACCAACAAAGCUGGGAAAGAGGUGAGUAAAGCGCCAAAAAUACAGAGAUUGGUAACGCCAUUGACAUUGCAACGGAAAAGAGCAAGAAUUGCAGACAAGAAGAAAAGAAUUGCAAAGGCUAAAUCUGAGGCUGCUGAAUAUCAGAAGCUUCUAGCCACAAGAUUGAAGGAGCAGCGAGAGAGGCGGAGCGAGAGCUUGGCAAAGAAGAGAUCCCGGCUUUCGGCUGCUUCUAAACCGUCAGUUGCAGCAUAAUAAUUUUAGUAGUAAUUUUUAAGACAGAUUUAUGAUUUAUUAUUUUUGACGGAUUCCUGUUUUAUAUGAAAUUUGAUGGUUUUUGGGAUGAUUUUGUAGUUGAAAUACAAGCUAGCUAGUAGGAUUGUCCUUUAAAUUCGUGGUUGACUUUGUUAUGUGAUGGUUGAUGCCAGUUUUGAAUCCA